AUGAUUUCAAUGACUGGAUUUUCUGAUCACAUUUCAUAUACUCCAUAUUAUUAUUAUUUUUUAUUGUUGGCAUUUUUUAUUAUUUUCAUUUCUUUUCCCACGAGAUUAUAAAUAUGCAAAAAGUUUUGAGUAUGACUACAUUUGCUAGUCAAUAUUUGUAUACUACACACAUGACCGUUAUUCGGUUAAAUUACUCUUUGAAAUCGCUUCAAAGAAACGCGGCUGCUAACGGGGAAAAUCUAAAAUAUUAGAAAGCGCAAGGAAACAGAACCCUUUUCUCUUGCUUGUAUAAAACCCUAAGAAUAAGAUUGAUUGUCGUAUUUUUUCUGCCCUCCAAAUCCUCCGGCCUUGCUGGAUUUUAAUUUUCUCCAAACCCUAAUCCUAAUUCAACCAUAGUUGUGUAUAAGCCCUAAUUUCAAGAAGCAUUUGAAAAUUGGUGAAACAGAAGAGGUAAAAGAUGAAGAGAAAGCAAGAACUCGAGCUUCAAUACAAGGUUGAACAGAAGAGUGCGUGUAAAUUUGGAGAUGGAGUGGCAUGGUUAAGAGGUGCGAUGAUAGGGAAAGGAAGUUAUGGGUCAGUUUAUUUCGCGGAUUCCAAGAAACCCAGAUUGCGAUAUAGCUACUUGCCAUCAGUUAUUGCUGUGAAAUCUGCUGAGGUCUCUGUUUCAGGUUCAAUCCAGAAGGAGAGAGAGGUUUUGAGUAACAUCCAAUGGUGCCCUUAUAUUAUUCGAUGUUUUGGGGAUGAGAUCACGACCAGUGAGAAUGGUGACAUGGUGUAUAAUUUGUUGUUGGAGUAUGGUUCUGGGGGAACCCUAGCUGGUUUGAUUAAGAAAUCGAGCGGUUGUGGAUUGCCUGAAUCCGAUGUUAGGUGCUAUACGAGGUCAAUUCUUAGAGGGCUUAAUCACAUUCAUCAUUGUGGUUAUGUUCACCGUGAUAUAAAGCCUGAGAACAUAAUACUUCUGCCUAUUACUGUAGGUCCUGUUACCAAAUUUAAGGUGAAGAUUGGUGAUUUUGGUUUGGCGAAGAGGGUGGAAAAGAACAAGAAGAGAAAGUUGGAUCCUUAUUUGAGAGGCACUCCUCUAUAUUUGUCGCCCGAAGCUGUGGUUGAUAACAUACAAGGGCCUCCCUCUGAUAUUUGGGCUCUUGGCUGUAUUGUGCUUGAGAUGCUAACAGGGAAGCCGCAUUGGGAUACGAAGGAAGAUCAGGAUGCCGAGAGCCUUCUACGUCAGAUUGGUAAAGGGCGUACAUUGCCUACAAUUCCAAGUAAUAUAUCAAAAGAGGGGAAGGACUUCUUGAAGGGUUGUUUUGUGAGGACGGCCAAGUUUAGAUUGACAGCUGAAUUGCUACUGAACCAUCCAUUUAUAGAAGGAUUAGUUGAUGAUGAUGGAGAAGUUGAACAAGAGGACGACGUCUUUAAUGUGGACUUGUCAUUUACAUUCUCUGAUAAUGAUGAUGAGUUCAGUUCUUACAGCUUCUCCGAUGAUUGUAGCUUCAUAUCUGAAGGGGACUCCUUCUAUUCUUCGCUAGAAGAAGAUGUAGAGGAGAUGGAUAAUGAAGUGGUUUCUAGUUUUGCUGAAGAAGAAGCAUCUGAAGUUCAAGAAAGGGUGGACAUUACAAAGUCUAGCAAUGCUCCUGAACUUGACCAGGUUUCAUCAAACAAAAUGCAGCAGUGUCCAAUUGCUUUUGCCAUUCCUGCUGGACUAUAGCAUUUAUUGUGUCGGUACAUGUAGUCAUUCUUUACAAGUAUAUUUAGAGAUCAUUUUACAAUAGCUUUCUUGUUAUAGGAAUUAUGAUUCAUUUCAAUAGAAAAUAAACACAGCAUUUAAGUA